UCUUGUCUCACUUAGCAAAGCCCAGUUAAAAGAGACAUUUCCCACGGACCUACUGAAUGAAUAUUGCUCGUCCACUCGUUUCCUGCCUGAUGUACUGAGAAAUGAUCCUCGGUUAAGCCGCUGGGAGCAUGUGCUCCUGUAGGUGGUUUUUAAAGGGCUCCCAGUAAACAGAUCCCGAACUAAGGAGACACGUUGGCGUGCUCCUGCGCUCGUAGGGGAGUGGCCCGUCGGAAACGCCUCUGAGGCUCCUGAAUCAGUCUGCUAUUUUUCUCUUCCCUCCUCCAAAGACCGAAGAAGUGAGUAAAACUUUCCGAGGAAACAUGGCGGAGAGUCGAAUACUCUUAUGAAACAGUUUUCGGCGACACUCAUUAUCGCGGACCUCCGGGACAUGGUGCGCGCUUGCAGACUCCUCGCUCGAAUAUUUUGAAGGAUGGAGGCCUCAUGUCUGGAGCUGGCUCUAGAGGGCGAGCGUCUGUGCAAGUCGGGAGACUACCGGGCGGGCGUCUCCUUCUUCGAGUCGGCCAUCCAGGUGGGCACGGAGGACCUGCAGAUUCUCAGUGCCAUCUACAGUCAGCUCGGGAACGCCUACUUCCACCAGCAGGACUACACUAAAGCGCUGGAGUUCCACCACCAUGAUCUCACCCUCACCAGAACAAUUGGAGAUCAACUGGGAGAAGCCAAAGCUAGUGGUAACCUUGGAAACACACUUAAAGUUCUGGGUCGAUAUGAGGAGGCUGCAGCUUGUUGCCAGAGACACCUUGAUAUUUCUAGAAUGCUCCACGACAAAGUGGGGCAGGCACGGGCCCUCUAUAAUUACGGGAAUGUGUACCACGCCAAGGGGAAGAACAUAUGUUGGAGUGGGGCUGACCCUGGAGACUUCCCUGAGGAAGCUCGCACUGCUUUGAGGAAAGCUUCAGAGUACUAUGAGGCGAACCUGUCUAUCGUGAAGGAGCUGGGGGACAGAGCCGCCCAAGGGAGAACGUACGGUAACCUUGGCAACACUCAGUACCUGCUCGGAAACUUUCAGAAUGCUGUCCUGGCUCACGAACAGCGUCUCCUCAUCGCCAAGGAGUUCGGAGACCGGGCUGCCGAGAGACGGGCAUACUGUAACCUGGGAAACGCCUACAUCUUCCUGGGCCAGUUUGAGGUGGCGGCCGAGCACUACAAACGCACGCUGCAGCUGGCCCGGCAGCUGAGGGACAGAGCGGUGGAGGCACAGGCCUGCUACAGCCUGGGCAACACCUACACCCUCCUGCAGGACUACGAGAGAGCCAUUGACUAUCACCUCAAACACCUGGUCAUCGCACAGGACCUGAGGGACAGGAUAGGCGAAGGGAGAGCUUGCUGGAGUUUAGGGAACGCCCAUACAGCUCUGGGAAAUCACGAACAGGCCUUACACUUUGCAGAGAAACAUCUGGAGAUCUCUAAAGAGAUCGGAGAUCGUAACGGGGAACUGACGGCCACGAUGAAUGUCUCGGACCUGCAGCUGGUCUUGGGCCUGACACAGAACAACAGCACCACCUAUACAGACGGCCUCCACAACCAUACCAGCGGGAGCAGCAGUCCCCAUGUGAAACCCAGGACGGGCCGGAGACCAAGCAUGGAGAACAUGGAGCUUAUGAAACUCAGUCGAGACAAGAGUCCUGGGCCAGCUGAUGAUGACGACACCGCUCCCAAGCAGCCUAAACCUUCCCCCAUAGCCAAGACCUCCUCCAAGCUGUUCUUCAUCAAUCGCUUCAAAAGCAAGAAACAGAAGCCCAUUGGAGGAAGCCCCAAUAAAAUGCACCCAGACCAAACGAGCCCUCCCCGUUCACCCCAGCUAGAGCCAAAGGACGCGCCAGACAAUCUGAGCGACGAGGGCUUUUUUGAUCUCCUCAGCCGUUUCCAAGGCAACCGGAUGGAUGACCAGCGGUGCACCUUGGCGGGCCACUCGAGCCGAGCCUCCACCCCAUCCCUGUCUGCAGCCGUUAGGAAUUUGGAGGCCUCAGACCAGCCUGGGCAUUUCCUAGACCUGCUGGCCAGCUCGCAGAGCCAGCGGCUGGACGAGCAGCGGGCGAGCGUGAGCGGCCUGCCAGGCCUGCGCUUGGACAAGUCGGCCAGCCAGGCCGUGCUCAGCCAGCUCAUAGCCGGCAGCAAUGGCAGGGAGACGAACGAAGAUUUCUUCGACAUGCUCAUCAAGUGCCAGGGUUCCCGUCUGGACGACCAGAGGUGCGCCCCUCCUCCACCCCCGGCACGAGGCCCCACGGUCCCAGACGAGGACUUCUUCAGCCUCGUCCUCCGCUCACAAGCCAAGCGCAUGGACGAACAGCGCGUCAUACUGCCCCCCGACCCCACCCCUGCCCACCUCAACCCAGACUGAGCCGGGCCGCGGACACCACGUCUAGCGAUGAGGGGUGGGCGUGGGGAGGUGGGGCUUUAGGACCCAGGUGCUUAUGAGGCUCCUCAUUUUCUCACAGAGCGCAAAAAAGGCCUCGCUCAGUUGGUCAAAAAUGAGAAGCAGCGGAAAGCCAGAACGUGUGCGUUAGAAGAUUAUAGAGGACUGCUGUCAGUUUUAUUUCGGUGCAUGACGAUGAAGGAUCAUCAAACACUCGAUCCGCCUUUCGAGGAGUUCCCCGACCCCUUUCUACUCCCACCCCAAAAAAAGCACAGUGGAGACACGGAUGAAGUUUUAAGAACAAGAACAAUGAGUCAAAGACUGUAAUGUUAAGAUAAUUUGCGAGUGAGAGGGAAGCGUCGCAUCAGGUUUGGGAAACUCGUUCUUUAGUAAAUAUUUGGAAGGAUUGUCUGCUGGAUUACGGAGCGGUUAGGAGUGUGGCGGGGUUUUACGCAGGAUCGGGACAAAGCUACCGUCUUAUCCUCAGGGUCUGAACACUACACACUGUGUCUGAAUAUUUGUUUAUAUUCCGUUCUCCCGAGGGGUUCCUGGCUGAGGACAAAGACCUUCAUGCAGAUUUUUAACUAACAUGGUAGAUUUUAUGAUUUCAUGUAAUCAGGGAUCACCUUUUUCCCAUAGUAUAUUUUGACUUGCUUUAUAUUGUUUCUUAAGUAUGUUCACGAAGUUUGAAAUUGGGUAAUAUUCUUGGAAGUCAGAGAAGACAACAUAUGCUUGACAAAAAAAACCCCAAACAAAUUUAGUUAUUGUCUCUAUUUUUACAUCAUAUUUUAGGUGGUGCAGAGAAUAAAAGAAUUCUACUGGGAAAAGC